AUGGUGAUUGUCCUGCGCAGCGACAACUUCAGCACCGCGGACAGCUCCGUGCCGGACCCCGGGCUGAGCCGGGCGGGGCACACCGCCGUGGCCGUGGUCCUGGGUGUCAUCCUCGUCCUCGGCUUCCUGGGUAAUUUCCUCGUGCUCCUGGUGUUUUCACGCUUCCCCGCGCUGCGCACCCCCAUCAACCUUCUCCUGAUCAACAUCAGCGUCAGCGACAUGCUGGUCUGCAUCUUCGGGACCCCCUUCAGCUUCGCGGCCAGUGUGUACGGCAGGUGGCUGACCGGCGCCCAGGGCUGCCGCUGGUACGGUUUCUCCAACGCGCUCUUCGGAAUGGUGUCCCUGGUCUCUCUCUCUCUCUUGUCCUAUGAGCGGUACUCCACGGUGCUGCGCAGCUCCCAGCCGGACUCCUCUGAUUACACCAAAGCCUGGCUGGCUAUAGCGGGCUCCUGGAUUUAUUCACUGGCCUGGACGGUGCCUCCGCUGCUGGGCUGGAGCAGUUACGGGCCCGAGGGACCCGGCACCACCUGCUCGGUCCAGUGGCACCAGCGCUCAGCCAGAGCUCGGGCCUACGUGGGCUGCCUGUUUGUCUUCUGUCUGCUGCUGCCGCUGCUGCUCAUGCUCUUCUGCUACGGGAGGAUCCUGCUGGCUGUGCGAGGGGUCAACAGGGUCAACCAGUCAUCGGCAGAGCGGAGGGAGGCCCGUGUGCUGCUGAUGGUGGUCUCCAUGGUAACAGGCUACCUGUUGUGCUGGCUGCCGUACGGUGUGGUGGCGAUGCUCGCUUCCUUUGGACAGCCUGGCUCGGUGCCAGCGACCGCCAGUUUAAUCCCCUCCGUGCUGGCAAAGAGCAGCACUGUCCUCAACCCAAUCAUUUACGUGCUGCUCAAUAACCAGUUCUCCAGGUGUUUCCUGUUCAUGAUCAGGUGCAGCUCCGAGGCCCCGCCCACUCCCAUCCUCCAAACAUUGCCCAGCUGCAAGGACGUGUUGCUUCAGGCUCCCAACCGGCCCACAGUGGAGCAGGACACCCCGCCCAUGAAGUCCACAUCCACAGACCAGCAGGCCCAGCAGCCCACCCUGGUCCUAGUGGCUCACUAUGCCACAUAG